AUGUUCACGACUCACAGCGCACAGUCGCAGGCGCAGGCCAAUCAGUCGUGCUGGGUGCGCAACUGGCCACGCGCUUUUCUCGGCAUGUCGCUUGCCGUCGUCCUGCUGUCCUUUGUGGGCAUCAUCCUGAGCUUUAUCAAGAUCAUCUACUCCCCGAAUGUGGUGCUGCUGAAUGUGUACUGCCUCAUCUUCAGCCUGCUCGGCCUCUCUGCAGAGCUGCGGCAGUUUUCAGUGCUACGCAGAGUCGUGUACAAGUGGAUGAAGUAUUUUUACUUCCUCGUCUACUACCGCGCCCGUGGCAUCUUUUACAUCCUUUUCGGCAUUUUGCUGCUCGGCAACGGCACCAUUGAGACCGUCGGCGGCGUCGUCGCAAUUGUACUUGGCGUGUUGAUGCUACUCGUGGGCGUGGGGGUGGGCCUGCCCGAGUUCGAGGACGCGGCAGAGGCGAGGCGCGUCCAGGAGGAGUUCCAGCGGUACUACGGCGGCGGCUCAUCGAGCUCUGCCGCGCCAGCGGCAGCGUCCGUCCCAGCGCCGGCUUCCUCAGCCACCAACAACUGUGGGCAGGUUGUGACCCUUGCCGUGCCGGCGGGAGCCAACUUAUACCGCGAGUACAACUUCGGCGACUCGCCACUCAGGGAAGAGCCUACGGCGAUCAGCAACCCCAAGUCAAGCGCGAAUCCCUAUGAGGAAGAGAGUGGCCUCCAGAGAGAGGGGCCCAAUAUGUUCGCCACCACCGUAACCCCGCCGGUGUCGGAGACUCGCCUCACACGCGGUGAAAGUGAGAGUACAUUGAAGCAGGAGUUCGCGCAGGCGAUGGCCAAAGACGUUGAAGAGGAUCUUAAGUAG